AUGCCUUCACAUUUAAUCAAUCCAUCGAUGACAGAGCUUCGUUAUAAACAUUUACGUUUCUUAAUCACGGACAGCCCAGCCGACGAAAAUCUUCAAACCUUCAUUGAAACUUGUUUGAAAUAUGAUGUUACAACAUUAGUUCGUGUCUCCGAAAAAACUUACGAUACGAAACCAAUUGAAGCAGCCGGCAUUAAAGUUUACAAUCUUGAAUAUCCUGACGGCAGUGCACCUGAUUCAAUCGUUCGUGAUAAAUGGUUAAAUAUUGUCAAAGAAAACAAACACGGUUGUAUUCUCGUUCAUUGUGUUCAUGGGCUUGGACGCUCGCCUGUUCUUGUUGCAAUGGCCUUACGUGAAGCUGGAAUGAGCCGACAAGAAUCUAUCGAUUUCGUCCGCUCACGUCGCCGUGGUUCAUUCAAUAUUCGUCAAUUAGAAUUUCUUCAAAAUUAUCAAUCAGGUCAUCGCCUCAUCAACAAACAUGCUGGCUGUCUUAUUAUGUAA